GAAUGUGGCUGCAGCUCGACUGUGUCCGGUGCAAGACGUUGAUGGUGACAAGGCAUAUGCUGCGCGAGUGGCGCGAAUAUGUCGGUCGGUUGCCGAGCAAGGCAAUUGCAAACAUGUGGUGGAUCAAGCUAUGGCAGCUCUGAGUCGUGAGCAUGAUUGCAACUUGAUGGAUGUAUGUGACUCAGACCCAGACCCAGAUGUACAGUUCAUCAGUGAGUCUGUGUCUCAGGAGCGCACGGCCCAUUCUGAGCACUUGUAUCAACUGCUACAAGACAUGCGAGCAACAUCGCUGUCUACAGAAUUUUCCGGCAUUGACACUCCUGCUACGUCUUUCAUCAUGAUGGGCACAGCUAUCUGCGCGGAGCUGAACAUGGACAAAUCUCAUGUCCCUGCGCCAGCCAACAUGUCGGCGGUUGAGUGGUCUGCGCAGGCCCGAGAAGAGUUGCUUCGUCACCCACAUUGUCCACAGCAUGUCUUCGGGGAUAUGAAUGACUUCUGGCGUCCCCAUAUUGCCGCACAGCUGGAUGUCCUGGCAGCCAACGACACGGCAAUUAAUGAAGUACUGUUGCCGCUGAUGCGCAGGGGCGAAGCAACAAUCAGAAAAGCAUGGUGCUACAAGCACGGGCAGAUGUGUGAGGUCGAUCGUGCAGCUGAUUUACAUGUUGCAGGGACACCAUGCACGGAUUACAGUCAGCGAGGUUUGAUGAUGCGCGAGCAGGGGGUCACGUGGAAAGCCUUCCUCAGCUGGAUUUCUCGACGAUGGGAUUAUCAGGAAUCCCUGAUAAUCCAGGAGAACGUCAUUAAUUUCGACGCAUCAACCUCGGAGCAUUUCUUGGGAGCGAUAUACUUUGUAUCCGUGGCGCUGAUUGACCCCAACAUGUAUGGCAUGCCUAUAACGAGACCAAGACAGUACUGCAUUCUACGCCAUAAGUGGAAGACUGGUGCUGCACUUGCGCCAGUCAACGUGUUCGUGGAGAUGUUCAGGGCGCCUGUGAGGUUUGGCGAGUACAACCAGGAGCUGGCUGCGAUGGAGCCUGCUUGGGAUUCAUACUUUGGUUCUCCUGCCGAGGACGUUUGGGAAGAAUUGAUGUGGGCAUGCUCUCGACCUGAAAGCCGAGCAAAAGUAGAUGGGUGCGGUAUCGCCAGCCUGGAAGCCUUCAAGCAUGCACUCGUGAAUGAUGUUGAACUUGUUCGCAAGGCAUUUGAGCGUGCGUUGACGACAGUCGAGUUCAAUUUCCUGGCAGAGUACCGAACACGGAAGACUGGCGGUGCAUAUUCAUUGAAUCAAAAUCCCAACUUCAGUGCUACCAUGAGCGGAUGGUCGAAACUUCACACGCUGAUCCGCAAUGCUGGUAUUCUGUGGUAG